AUGACUUUUCUUAUCAUUAACCUUUUCUUUAUCCUUUUUAUACACUCAUUUUUGUCUCUUACCGUUUCUGUCUUUUCACUUCCUGAUUGUAAUAUUUCCUUCUCUCUAUCGUACUCUCAUUCAUGUGUUAACGUCUCUGUCUUUUCUUCACUCACUGUUUUCUUUAUUUCUCUCUUUCGUACCCUCAUAUUUGUCUCUUGCCUCAUUUGCUUUUUCACUUCUCUACUGCGAAAUUUCCUUCUAUUUUUCUUCUUGUUUCUGGUCUCUUCUGUCUUUUCACAUCUCUACCUCGUUAUUUCCUUCUCUCUUUCGUACUCUCAUUCUUGUUUCUUGUCUCUUCUGUCUGUUUAUAUCCUUACCUCGUUUUUUCUUUCUCUCUUUCGUACUCUCGUUCUUGUUUCGUGUCUCUUCAGUCGUUUCACACCCCUACCUCGUUAUUUCCUUCUCUCUUUCGUACUCUCAUUCUUGUCUCUUGUUCUUCUGUCUUUUCACACCCCUACCUCGUUAUUUCCUUCUCUCUUUCGUACUCUCAUUCUUGUCUCUUGUUCUUCUGUCUUUUCACACCCCUACCUCGUUAUUUCCUUCUCUCUUUCGUACUCUCAUUCUUGUCUCUUGUUCUUCUGUCUUUUCACACCCCUACCUCGUUAUUUCCUUCUCUCUUUCGUACUCCCAUUCCUUUCUAUCAUCUCCUCAUUCCUUCCUUUUCAUUACCGUUUUCUUUCUUUUUCUCCUUCGUUCUGUCAUACUUGUCUACCGACCUUUCUCUCUUUUCUUUUCCUCAUUAUUUCAUUUAUUUCCCUCAUUGUUCUACAUGGCUCUUUCCUUCCUUCUUUCUCUCUCUUUCUCUUUCUCUCUCUCUCUCUCUCUCUCUCUCUCUCUCUCUCUCUCUCUAUCUAUCUCUCUAUCUCUCUAUCUAUCUAUCUAUCUAUCUAA